UGUUUGGUUCCUUCACUCCUGACAUCUGCGAUGGGAAUUAACCUAAUUCCAAGAAUGUAAAUAAAAUAAUAAUUUCUGGCUUUAAUUAACGCGAAAAAAUCGACAAAAAUGAGCACCAGGAACCCGACAACGUUGAUGACGAUCCCCAGCGACGAAACGUUCGAUUUUCUCUUCAAAAUUGUGCUGAUUGGGGAUUGUGGCACUGGCAAAACCUGCGUAGUGCAAAGGUUCAAGAAUGGGACCUUUAUCGAGAAGCACGGGAACACUAUUGGGGUGGACUUUUCCAUGAAAACCGUCAUGGUGGAUGGUAAGAAAGUCAAGCUCCAAAUUUGGGACACUGCAGGCCAGGAGCGGUUCCGGACAAUCACUCAGAGCUACUACAGAUCGGCCAAUGGGGUGAUUAUAGUUUAUGAUAUCACCAAAAGGUCCUCGUUCCUCUCAGUGGCUAGGUGGGUGGAGGAGGUUCGCAGGUAUUCAGGAAACGCAGUCCUGCUGGCUUUGGUCGGGAAUAAGGCCGACUUGGAGAGCUGCAGGGAGGUGGAGUUUGAGGAGGCCGAAGCCCUUAGCCAGUACAUGCCUGAGGUUCUCUUUGUGCUCGAGGCCAGUGCUAAAGACAACUCCAAUAUUGAGGAGGCUUUCAUGUGUCUGGCUACUGAACUGAAGAGGCGCCAGGACAAUGGAAUGUUGGGCACGGACGACGAAGAAACGGUAAAACUGGGCGAAAGCAGGUCAGUAUCCAGCUGCAGCAGUUGUGCCAGAAACAUGUUUUAAGGCGUCGACUCAUAUCAGUUUCAAGGUGCCUUAUUUGAUCUGUAAGUAAGCUUUAAUACUGCUGUUUUUAUUCGAUGUUUCGCGAUUUUAUACCCUUUCAAGCUAUGAUUUUACCAACUUGACUUAGCCGUGUGUUUUUGUUUUGUAUAUAAUUAGGAAAAAUCACCUGGACAUAGACCAGCUGCAAUUUAUGAUGAUAAUACUCAUGUGUAUGUAGUAGCAAUAUUUAUGUGUUUGUUUUGUGAUUAAUAGUGAGUUUUCCGAGCCAAGUGCUUGGGAUUGAGGUAAAACGCAAACAUUUUCAAUGACGAUCAUAUCAAAGUGCGUUCAAGAAAUCGUUUUAAAAAAGCACUAUUGCCGUCCCUUAAAUUAAUUUUUUGCUCCGCUCGGCCAUCGUUAUCGAAUUAGUUCUCAGUCGUGACAUGGUAUAUUUGUGGGCCUAAUGUUAUAUGACACAUUUUCUGGACUAGCGAAUUAUUUACAAUGCUUAUUUAGUUUAAGGAGUAGACAACGUAACAUGUACCGCAACAAUGCCAAAUGAAAUAAAUACUAUAAGCUAUUUACACGAGAACAACCCCCAUUAUACCUGUUUGCCAUUUGA